CCGUGAAUGCCCUGGUGUAGAGCGGAGCGAGUCUCACCCGCUGUCCCCGGGACAUGGACUCCGACGAUGACUUGCGGCGACCUCGGGCCAAGCUGGCCUUUAGUUUGCCGCAGCAAGUUCCAGCCACUUUCGAUGAAACCGAUCUAAUGCAGCAGUGUAGCUUGCUAGAAUGCAACCAAGCCAAAACAACAUUGAUGGAUUUCACGAUUGCCAUUCCCAACCAGCUAUUGUUGGUCUCACUCCUGGAGCAUCUCUGCUUUAUUUAUGAGAAAAAUCCUCAGCGCUCAAUGAUCCUGUUUAAAUUGUUGUGCCAUAAACUAGCAGGAAUGCACUUGAUUUCACCAAUCACUUUCAGUGAUGAGUUCAGCACUGUGAGGCUGCAGCACAACCAGGCUUUUACAAAUUUGCUACAAGCAGUGAGCAACGGCUUGUAUCGACAGGGGCAAGCUAUCAGUGGAGAAGCACCUACCCACCUCUCCUACAGAACAAAGGAAGCUCUGUUCCAGGGACAGACAUCUCGCUACAUGAAUGAGUUUGAAGAGAUUGAAAGACUGGGAAAAGGUAGCUACGGAAAAGUAUAUAAGGUCAGAAAUAAAUUGGAUCGACAGCUUUAUGCCAUAAAGAAGAUUCUUAUGAAGAAAAUUACAAGAUACGACUGCAUGAAGGUGCUGAGAGAGGUUAAAGUUUUGGCUGGCCUACAGCAUCUACACAUUGUCGGCUAUCAUACUGCUUGGAUGGAGCAUAUACAGCCACCACCUCUGAAAACUAAUCAAAUACCUUACAGCACUUUCUGUACAUUAAAAAGUCCCUCUGGUCAAGAAGAUUGCAGAGACUCUUCCACCCAGAACAUAGAAACCAGUUCUUCGAGUAUCAUAUUUGCAGAAACCAAUUCUGUUGUAAGAGAGGGAGGGACUUUGUCAAGGAGCAAGCUGGUUGAGGGGGAGAUGUGCACAAACACCUCAUGGGGAAAUGACAAUCACAUUUUCUUCUAUGAUGGAGACUGUGCAGCAAGAUGUGCAAAUGCUGGUAUAUGUCAGCCACCAGCCUCACUCCCGAGAAUGAAAGAUAUCCAGGUGCACUCUUCACUCCUUCCUUCAAAAUGUCCAAGCUUUGAGACGCAAAAGUCUCAUAUUGUAAAGAGCAACUUGAACCCGUUGGUUGAAGCAGUGGCAACUGAGGCAGAAGACAUUGAGAGGGCAAAGGAAAAAGUAACUGGUGUCUUAGAGGAGAUUUCAGGAUCAUCUUCCCAUGCUAACAUUAACUCCAGUCUGGAGGAUGGCUCAUCAUUCACAGAUAUGCACCACGAGUCCAAGAUCCAAUUCCACCUCAUGCUGCAUAUACAAAUGCAGUUGUGUGAGAGGUCCCUUCAAGAUUGGAUUUUGGACAGGAAUAGGAAAUCAACAGAGGGCCUAUCACUUACAGGUCCAUUUGACCUUGUGGAUCCUGAAUGCACUAUUCACAUAUUCUGGCAGCUGCUUGAGGGAGUCCAAUUCAUCCACUCCAGGGGUGUCAUGCAUCGAGACCUGAAGCCAAGGAAUAUUUUUCUCCAUGGGCCUGACUACCAUGUUCGGAUUGGGGAUUUCGGCUUGGCCUGCAGUGACAUCAUUACCAAGGCUUCCGAUCAGUCUCCGGCAGCAACCAAACUAGCUGAUUUAAAGCACACUUCAGGAGUGGGGACUUGUCUGUAUGCUUCCCCUGAACAACUGAGAGGCUCUUCUUAUGAUUUUAAGUCAGACAUGUACAGCGUAGGUAUCAUCUUAAUGGAGCUCUUUCAGCCAUUUGGAACAGCAAUGGAAAGGAUAAAGAUGCUCACAGCUCUUCGAGAGUCCCAUAUCUCAGAGGACUUUGCACAGCACUGGCCUGUACAUGCUAAAUAUGUUAAGAUGCUAACCAGCCGAAUCGCAUCCUGCAGACCGAGUGCAGAUGAGAUGUUGACCAGUGAACUCUUCCGUAGUUCACCUCAGGUAAAUGUAUCUCGAGACAACCUUGAAUGGAAAGUAGUUACCCAGGAGCAAGAAAUUAAGAGCCUACAACAGAAAGUGAUCGAUCAGCAAGAUGAAAUCAGGAGUCUCAAGGAAGUGAUCAAAUUACUGGCUGGGGAGAGAGAACCCAGUUAGAGAGAAUCUUAAUGGACUGGAGAUAAUUUGAUUUUUUUUUCCACCUAAAUUAAUUUUGACUGCCUCAUGUAUGACUGUUUUGUAUGACUGUACAAGUUUAACUUUAUGUUCUGUGAGAUGAGAGAUUAAAUAUUAAAAUGAAA